UUUCUGCGGAUGACCAAGCAUUAUCUGCCUCACCUUGCUCGCCUGUGUCUAAUAAGCACCUUUCUGGAGGAUGGGAUACGCAUGUGGUUUCAGUGGAAUGAGCAGCGGGACUAUAUCGAGGCCACCUGGAAUUGUGGCUAUUUCCUGGCUAUCUGCUUUGUACUGAUCAAUCUCUUUGGACAGUUAGGUGGAUGUAUCCUGAUAUUAAGUCGAAAUUUUGUACAAUAUGCCUGCUUUGGACUGUUUGGAAUUAUAGGAUUGCAGACUGUUGCCUACAGUAUCUUAUGGGACCUGAAGUUCCUGAUGAGAAACCUGGCUCUAGGGGGUGGCUUGCUGCUGUUGCUGGCUGAGUCCCGGUCAGAAGGUAAAAGCAUGUUUGCUGGCGUUCCAACAAUCGGCGAAAGCUCCCCGAAACAAUACAUGCAGCUGGGGGGCCGUGUGCUGCUCAUCCUGAUGUUCAUGACCUUGUUGCAUUUUAACGCCAGCUUCUUCUCGAUUAUCCAGAACAUGGUGGGAACGGGUUUGAUCGUCCUGGUGGCAAUCGGCUUCAAAACGAAGCUGGCUGCUCUGACUUUGGUCAUCUGGCUCUUUAGUCUUAACCUCUACUUCAAUGCCUUCUGGACAAUCCCUGCCUACAAGCCCAUGCACGACUUCCUGAAAUAUGACUUCUUCCAGAGCAUGUCUGUGAUUGGGGGGCUCCUGCUUGUGGUUGCGCUGGGCCCUGGUGGUGUGUCGAUGGAUGAGAAGAAAAAAGAGUGGUGAUUGAUGUAACAUCUGCAAAACUGCUGCCACCCUUCACCUGCCUUUAUCCUCAUACCCUGUCCCCACCCCACCACCUUUCAUCCCUCCCCUCUUCCUUUAUCAACCAUCCUUCUCCACUGUUUUGUACAGUUUACAAUUUCAAUGCAUUCUCAUUCAGGGCAUAUAUUGCUCCACCUGCUCAUUGGUAACUUUACAAAACACAGCCUUAUUUUGGCUUUCAGAGAUAAAAGACAAUGUCAAAUUUACAAUGUCCAAAAAGAGAAGUAUUUCAGGUUCAUACUUUUGACAUUGGCUGUGUAUUAAAGAAUUAACUCCCUCUCUUUUUUUAGGGGUUGAGAAAAGGUUAAAAUUAAAUCCUGGUUCUGUUUCCUGCUACUGUGCAGAGUUAGUUCUCUUUGCGUUUUCUUAUUCCAGGAGGAAGGGAAUUGGAAUGUUUCCCCAGCCCCUCUGAAUCAAUUUGUAGCCAUCCACAACUCCUUAUUUAAUUACAUUUCACUAAAAAUGGCUAUGUUCUCUGAUAGGAUCAGAACAAUAAUCCUUUAUAUAAAAGAACACUAAAUUGUGCCAAAAUGAGGUACCCCUAUUAUUUAAAAGCUAUCCCUGGUUCUGCCUGUCCCAAUUUCAAGCACAUGCCAUGUUGCUCAUUCCUUCUCAGAAUGCAGUUUCUGUAAUCUUUAUUGACCAAAGCUUUUCUAAGUAGAAGCAGAGAUCAUGGAAGGCUGUUACCAAGCCCUAGGCCCUCUUGCUAAAGGUUUAAAAGUGGGCAAUGCAAGCUGCCUGUGUAGUUGAUGUACAGGUCAGGCGAUUCUGAAAGGGCACGGGUUUGAUUUCCCUGCUGUGUAUUUGGAGAUAAGUGAUUGGACUCAAUUGCUUGGAUAAUCACUGAGGGUUAAGAAGGGGGAAAUUAACCCGGAUUCUUGGUCCUCAUCCAAUUGUGCAAGCAAGUAAAGGCAUGCUGAGAUGUAUUUAAAGGAAACUGGGUUUGGCUUAAUUCCCUUCCACCAUAUUUCAAUACCUAUCCAUCAAUCUCCAGGCUCCUACAUAGUGUCCCUGUUGGUUAAGAUAUCUGUGGAAACUGUGCUACACACAGACAGCCCCUUCAAUCGAGGGACAAUGCUGAAUAUUUCUGCCACUACCACAAGAAAGUGAAGAGUUUACCUUGGGAGUGAAUGAUAUGCUACAUUAAGUUUUUGAGAAGAUUUGUAGCUCGGGUUGUGCAUGCGCUUGCCGAGCCGGUGUGUUUGGUUGCAGAUGUUCUGUCACCCUGCUAGGUAACAUCGUCAGUGCGCCUCUGGUGAAGCGUUGGUGUUCUGUCCCACUUAUCAUUUAUAUGCCUCAGUUUGCUGGGGUGGUUGAUAUUCCUUCUGGUUCUGUUUCUCAGCGGUUUGUACACAGGGUCUAAUUCAAUGUGUUUGUUUGCAACAUUGUGACGAAACAUUUGCAACUGACCCCACCGGCUCGGCAAGCAUGUCUACAACCUGAUCUGCUACAUUUCCAAGUGAAUUUUGCAGUGGAAUGCUGAUCAUGUUAAUGAUGGAUUUGGUCUUAAUGAAUACUACCACUGAAUAUUCUUGUUUUAAAAUUACUCUUGCUGUCACUGCAUACAUUGUAAUUUCCAAAAAUGUGUUCUCAACUUGUCUGGUUCCUAUUUUUUUUUAAAACAGUGGUUGCAUCUUGGUAUUCUACUAGUGUUUAGUCAACCCUGCACAGUGGCAGAAUAGGGUGACACUUCAUGGCUGACCCCUGUACAAAUUGUUUCUGUUUUAAUUAAAUACUUUCAAAAUGUCCAGGUACCCCAGGAUUCACCCCCUGCUCCUCACGUAAGUGACUCUUGCAUGGAAUUGUGUGGAACACAAGGGUCAAACUUUACUGUGAUGCCCUCUGCAAUUCAAAAGCUGAAACAGACAGCCAGCACCCAAUGAACUGGAAAUUCCUGACAAAAUGUUGACUUCAGGAGAGGAGGGAUAGAAAAUAAUUUAUAUAUAUAUAUAUUAUACACACAGCAAUAAAGAUGGACUCUUAUUCUGAAGAAGCUCAGUGCAAUAACUGUCAGUAUUAGUGGAUGUGCCUGAUUGGGGUGGGGGCAAGGGGUGGUACAGGGGGCACCUGUAUUCUGCCAGGAACAUGUUUACACAGCUUUUUUAAAAAAAAAAAUUGAUGUGGAAUUCAAGGUCACUGGAUUGGAAUCAAGUUCUUGUUGCUGUGUCCACAGCAGCUCCAAACCAGUGGGUAAUGGUUACUGUAAGCUCCUAGGAACCUUUAUUCUCUACUGAAAAUUGUGCUAUUGAGUUUGUUGUUAAAAUAAAAGCUGUGAAUUUCCCUGCAA